GUCAAUGAACUGGGUUCUGGGCAGUUUGGUGUCGUUUGGUUGGCAGAAGCAGUUGGUAUAUCUGCAUUUCACCCAAGAGAGAUGUUGAAAAAACGUGAAGGUGGCGGACAGUUUUCCUUCUUUUGGCAUAAGGCGAAAAAAACCAGAUUACUACAUAGUAGACAAGUAACAAACGUUGCUGUCAAAAGUAUUAAAGGUUUGACUUUUAUUGCCACAAUAUUUUUGAUAACUUAAAUAGUUGUGAUAGAUGAAGUAGGCGGGUAUCAGCUUUUUAUUAUAAUAUUAAUGCCCAAAAUACUUUUUUAUAACUUAGUUUGAAUUAAAAAUUCUGAAGUUAUACAUGUCAACUCCAAAACCAUUUAACGGAGUGGAGCUAUAUGUAGCUAUUAUCUAUAACCUUUGGGUAAAUUGCUAUCAUUAACAAACAUAAUCUAAACUAUGGCUAUAUAUUUGAACUACAUAAGCAAGCUAUUUGAGCAUGAUCUACACGAGUAGUAAACUUGCUUAUACCAGUUAGAGUUUGAUUUCAGGAUCCAUUCUUGCCCCCAGGCCAGUAGUAUAGUUUUGGGUGGCUCUCUAAAAGGGGCCAGGGAAAUGACACUUAUUAAGAGAUUACAAGAGAUAUAGGGCCUAUUUCCCUGGGUUUUCAGGUAGCCACGCCACCUCUAAUACGUUUGCUUAGGCCUGGUUUACACUAAGAAUUUUGUCGGCGAUUUUUUCGUCCUGUGCUAGCGGAUAUGCAUGACUGAAUAAGUGACAUGCAAAAGAUCAGAGGUGGGAAUAAAAUAUUUCACUUUCUGGGACCGCAUGCAAGAGAUCAUUGAAAAAUUUUCUGCUAAUAAUCAAGUAAAUCGACACUCGAACGCUGUAACUGUGUAACACUACCAAGUUGUCUUAAUGUCAUGCUUUUAAGGUAUAUAACAUAAAACUUAUAAGGGGAGUCGCUUGGUGAUCCCUAGACCCCAUGUGAAAUAUAAAACACACAGGCAUAUCUAUAAUUACGAAUAACCUGCUUCUGUUUUUAGAAAACGCAGAUCGCAAAAGUCUGGUUGAUUUGCAGUCAGAACUAAAGAUUUUAAUUCAUGUCGGUGAAAAUGAGAACAUAGUGAACAUACUAGGUGCUUGCACAAAAGGUUAGCAACACUAUGGUUUUCUAAUACGUAUCGUGAUCCUAAGGUAAAUUUACAGAUGCCAAAAAAUGGGUAUAUUACUAGGGGGCACUACUAGGGCGAUCUGGGGGCAUAGUGCCCCAGAAAAUUUUGAAAAUCAGGUGUAUCAGAUUGGCUAAAAAUGUAUUUGCCAUACAACAUUUGUUAUAUCAUUCUGUAGUUUAUACAGUUAUUCACUUUUGCACUAUUAAGAUGGAUGUGGUUCUAAUUGCAUUUCUGAGAUCAUACAUACAGUACAGGUGCAUUCUUUUUAUUGGGUAUGGAAUUUUCCUCUGAAUUUCUUCCUUUGUCUAAAAUUCUACAAUUAUCUUUUUUUCUUUGUUGGAAAUAUUUUCUGGGAACUAAAAAAUUUUCUGGCACCAAUGGUCCCAUGGUCCGAUACUUUUUCCACCCCUGCCAAGGAAAUGUAUAUGUGGGAAAGCGAUUCUGUAUUUUUGUGUACCAAUGCAUGCAUAUACAUUCGCGUCCGUUACAAGUGUUUUCAAAAUUACUAGUGUGAGCCUGCAGACUUUAUACUGUCUAGUACCCAUGCAGUGCAUGCAAUAGUUAAAAUAACAUUAAGCCGGUUAGAGCUACGAUCAUGCACUUUUUCUUAAAUCUAUGACAUGUGGCAAGUUCUAUUUGUCAAUUGCCCGUAUAGGUAUAUAUAUAUAUAUAUAUAUAUAUAUAUAUAACAAAUUUUCUGACAAGUUUUUGGUUUUCAGACCGCCACGAUAGCUAUUGGGGAGCUUUAGCAACGACUAUACGAGUACGACUACGAGAUUUGCUCGCGUGCGAGGAAAUCAUCGUAGUCGUUCUCGUUUCCGUUCAAGUUCAUAUAAACUAAAUCUCCUGCACUAUACUGCAGGCCAAAAUCCAUUACAAAAUGUGCAAAUAAGUCAUAUAACAUUAAAAACAAGCCAGAUAUUUAAUACUAAUAGAUUAUUUGCGCCGGAUAAACGCUACAAAUUAUUUUUGAAAAACAAAAACAGCCAACUUUCUUUGUGUUUUUGAAAAGUCGUAUAGUGAGGACUACGAGAUUUCUCUACAAUUUCGUACUCAGAUGGGCGACGGCUACGACUUUUUCGCGUCAGUACGGGAUGCAUGGUGUAAGCAUACAGUAUGCGUUUCGCUUGACAAAUCUCCUACUCGUACUCGAUGCUUAAAGCUCCCUAUUACUACAGCUACUACAGCUAUCCAACAAUAUAGGAAUAUAUCGCUGCUGACCAACCACAUGUGCUGAAAUUGACUCACUCAUACAGACGAACAAAAUUUAUGCUAGCUUUUGAACAAGUGUGUUUGUUAUAGAAAGCUUGGCAAAGUUGCCUAAACAGACGGGAAAUAAAUUUUGUCAUAUGAAAACUUGUCACAUGCAGAAGACUUUCUCGUCUGUAACUGUGAGAAAUAGUUAAUAUUUAUAUAUUUUAUGACAUCGUUACAUGUUUGCACCGAAAGUGCAAAUGUUUGAUUGACAGUUUCAUAUUCAAAAUAUAGCUAGUUGCGAGAACAUUGUAGUAUAAUAACUAGGGAUCCAAGGAUAGCGUGAAGUUUCGAAUUGAAAAAGACACUGCCAGAACUAUAUAUGGUCGCCGACAACCUAGAAAAGCUGAUGGCUUACACUACGAAAUAAACAGUUACCAAAGGCAUUUCAUCUCAUUUAUUGCUUUUAAUACGCUCGGCACACGAGUAGCGUGACGUUUGAAACAAGCCUAACACACCAGAAACGUGACUUGUGAAACUGAUGCAAUUUGUCUAUUUAUUGUGAUGCUACACGAUGCUACACGAGACAAUUCAAAAUUUAAAUGGUUUCACCAACAACCAAAUUUUGCAUAUUCUAAAUUUUUAUUUGCAUUUGCAGCUGUCGCUAAAAGCUCCCCACGAGGCUACUGCUAUGCUAAAUUUAUCUAAAAUUAUAAUUGAAAUAGCUGUGUAAGAUAUGUUAUGAAUAAUAAGCACUACGUCGUUACAUCAUUAAAAGGACGCAUUUUAUCCUCAUCCGUUCCGUAUUUUAUCCGCAUAUCCGUUCCGUGGAUCCGGUCCAUCCGCUUCCGCAUUUUAACCUAAUUGUGACAUGCUUCACAAUAACAACUAGUCUCAUUGACCUUUGACUUUUCCCAGUGUCACGUUUAUUUUCAGCUGAAUAAUAUCACUUUAGAUUUCAAUAGUUUCACAGUUAAGCAAUGUUUAAAGCAGUUUUGACAAGCUUUGAACAGUUCUGUGUACAGAAUACUACAGAUUGAUUCUCGUAAGAUCUGGUAGAGUUAUCGUUGCACUGAACAAGAAUUUGCACCGUUGACAACGGCGUUGUGCUAGACAGUAAACAAAGACAAGGCCCGUGACGGUACACGUUGGCUACAUGUACCUCGUUGCUUUUUUUUUCUAUUGCAUAAAGCUUGUUGGCGAGCCAAGCGAUUGGCGAUAACACGUUGGCGAUAACGCAUUGGAUAUCUCCUCGUCUUUCUUAUUUAAAUAAGGAGCUCUGACUCAACUGAUUUCUUUAGUCUCGCAAGUUAUUUUCUUCGUAAACGCCGUACAAACGCUUACUCGCUUCUGUUUAAUAGUUGUUUGGCUCUUUGUACAGUGAGCGUAGCCAUCUAUUUUGUGAUGUAGCACCUUAUACAGUCAAUGACAAUGUAUAAUGAAUACACGGUCUAAAUAAUAUCGAUGGGCACUUAAUUGAAUACCGGUAAUGCACAACAUAAUAGUAUUAUUGCGUAGAAUCUCAAAGGACAAAGAUUUUCUCAAUAUUCAUGUCUGAAAUGUUCAUAUUACUUGAAAACAACACUGUCUCGCUUCUGCCUACGUAUACUGUACCCCUGUAUAACGAGUAUGCCGUGAAAAUAAUAUUGGCACUCAAUUGAAUGCCUACAAUCUCAAAGAUUUUCUCAAUAUUUACGUCUGAAAUGUUUAUACAUUUGAAAACAACACUGUCGCUCCUUCCUAGCUCUGUAUAUUAAUGAAUAUACCGUUCCACAUAUAUCAGUACUUGAUUGAAAGACCGUCAUGCAUAACAUAAAUUUAUAUAUUGCGUAGAUUCUCAAAGAUUUACUCAAUAUUCACGUCUGAAAUGUUUAGAUUUUCUGUCGCUCCUUCCUAGCAUCGUGAUCUACGGCUUCAUAGCGCAUGCGCAUUUGCCCUGCUAUAGAAAAAAUCGGGUGUUCCGGGGGGAAAGAUCCUUUACACAACAUGAGAAGCGAAUGUUCUGAAAUUACAAAAAUUUACAAUAACGAUAACGAUUCCUCGAAAUUUUUGUGAACUUGGCAAAAGGACAAAAGAAUAUUUAAAAAAAAUAAAUAAAAUUGCUUAAAUAACCUUCAAAGCACUGACUAAGUACAAUAAAUCACUGCGAACAUAAAUCGUAUACACCCCCCCGGAAAGUUUACUCUAUGACUGACUGACUGACUGUUUGACUGACUGACUGACUGACUGACUGACUGAUUCGUGUGAAUUCGCCAGCCAUCACAACAGUGUGAAGUGAAACUUCACACUAAAAAUGUAGACUUGAGUUGUAUUGUCGCAAACAACUUGCACGAAGCAAGAAUCUUUAUAACAUGCGAAACGAGCGGCUAGAAUCAUAUUUGGAACGUCAGAGGAACAAGCAUUAAAUAGAAUGCCUUCGGUAGAAACCAUUCAAAAGAAGAAAUCCUGCAUAUUGACUUUUAGAUGCUUAAACAAUGUGUGUCAAAACUUCUUAAAUUAUUUCACUUUGAUUGAUUCUAAAGUAGCUACUAGAAAUCUGGGUUGUAGAAUAAAACUCCCGAAAGUGAAACUGCAAAGAAAGGUUUCUACUUCAACGGAGGAAAACUUUAUAAUGAAUUACCUCUAGAAAUUCGUAAAUCCGACACUUUGCGACUUUUUACGAAUGGACUGAGUAAGCACUUAGCAAUUUAGUUCCUACGAAUUUUGACUUUUCUAUUCUAAUUAAUUUUUUAAUUGGAAAAUUAAUGUUAGUAUACAUAAUUAUAAAGAUGGACUUUUAGCUUUUUAGAUUAUUAGUAAACAGGACCUCUGUUAAUAACAGUUUGUGAUUUUUUCACAUAACUGAUGGAGUUUUUAUCCUGUAUAUAAAUUCGUUUAAUAAUAAUAAUAAUAAUAAUAAUAAUGCAGUAACCAAUUUUAUAGUGCUUCGUAAAAAUUCUCGUAAACUUAGGUUAACCUAAAAUUCAAAGAAAACUUCCCAAAAGCUUGUUUUUCAGAAAACUUGUCUGGUACAACAGUUUUCUUUUCUGCAGUUUUAAAAUAAAUGGACGUGCAGAAAUACACAAACCAAAUCCGCAUGCGUUAAAUUUUAACCACUUCCUUGCGCAGCUAGCACUAAUCAUAAGCUUUAAACAAGGAGCGACCUUGCGCAACGCCAUUGCCAAUAUUUGUAUUCAAGCAUGAUGAUUUCAUUAUAUACCUCAUCUAGGGAAGAGUUCAAACUUGUGGAUAAUAAUGGAAUAUUGUCCACAUGGAAAUCUCCGAGAAUUCUUACAAAGCAGUCGAAAUAUUUAUAAUGUGGAUGAGGAGGCUUUGAUUCCUGAUCCUGACCAAGCCAUUGGACCAAAAACUUUGUUAUAUUUCGCUUGGCAAAUUACAAAAGGAAUGACGUUCUUGAUUUCGCGAAAGGUAAUUCCCAUAACGAAGCCUCUUUCCAAAUGAUAUCCUUUAUCCUAACCGAAUCGAACCCGCGACCUCUGCUUCAGCAUGCAGACAACAUUGACCUUGGUCUGAAUAAUGUUUGAUACCAUGCUCAGCCUCACCAGUUAUUUGUUUUAUAUAUCACUGAUAUCAAAAUCACUGAUAUCACCCAUAUACACCUUACAUUAAUGGCAUCACCUUAUAUAGUAUGUAUACAUGAACUUGUGGUUAGAGCUCGACAACACUGUAUAGCUCAGUUGGUUAGAGCGCUACAGCGUCAAUCCCAUGCAGGGCCGCAAAGUGCCUAUACUUGCAUAUUUCGCAACUGCUCUUGGAUAUGUCUAAUAAAUGUAUAUUCAUGCAUAUAAUAAAACCUAUCUACAGCUAUUUAUUUCAUUCAUUCUUAAAGGCCGUUUUCCACUUCAAGCGUACCGUACCGUACCGUAACGUAUCAAAACAAAUUUGAAAUUUCAAAAUUUAGUGAAUGUUGAUUGGUUAAUACUUCCGUAGUACGCUAAAAAGUUGACUUGGGACGAACUUUUUAUUUUGAUACGCGAAUCAACCGGAAGUACGUAAAUUUGAAAACCCAUCUUCAAGCUGCGCAUGCUCACCGGUACGUUACGUUACGAUACAUGCGAAGUGGAAAACUGCCUUUAUUCUCCUGCUCCUUUAAUUCUCACAGGUAAUUCACCGAGAUCUGGCUGUACGAAACAUUCUACUCGGAGAAGGUUAUGUAGCAAAAGUUGGAGACUUUGGGUUGGCCAGAGAUAUUUAUAAAUAUCAAAAAUAUUCGAAGAAGUCUUCAGUGAGUGCAUUCUGAAAAUAUUAUUAGGUUAUUACCAUGUAUAUUUUAAACAUGUUUACUGGACAAGCCAAAAGAUUUGUAGCUAAAUUCACAUAAAACUCUCAUUUAAGGUGGCUCGAUGUAUUUAUGCUCACAAAGUUCCUUAUGCAAGAAUCGGAAACACAACAUUUUAUGCUAUAUGAAUAAACUCGCGUGACCAUUCGUGUGCGUGCAUGGGAAUAUCAAUAAAAGAACAUGCAUCCACGCCAUCUCGAUCUUGUCAUUGCAUGUUGUAGGCUACAUCGCGUGUUUAUGUCAAGUGCUGACGUCAGUAAAUAAUUCAAAUACAAUGUAUCGUUGGCAAAUAAUACUACCGCGGUCUACUCUAGUAUCUCGGGAUAUCCUUGUGCUAUUCGCCUAUAAGGAUAGGUCAGAAAUCUCGCAAUGUUAGCAAAACAACAAUGGCGGCAAUUUCCUUGGUGAUUUUUUUCUAUACAGUUAAACGAAAAUGAUCGUAAUCAGAACUAAUAAAAAUGAUAUUAUAUAUAGAGACACUUUUAAUUCACCCACCCUAUAUAUGCAAGCAAGUAAGCUAGUAAAACAGUAUGUAUAGAAUUUUAGCCUGGUUCUUUUUCAGGGAUUUGUUCCUAUAAAAUGGAUGGCUAUCGAGUCCAUUGGAGAUCUGAUAUUUACUGAGAAGUCAGACGUGUAAGUAAGAUUGUUGUUCAGGACAGAAUUAGUGCUGUUAGUGAAUGAUUUCCCGACCGAAUAAUGAACUUGCCCACGGCCAAUAAAAUACCAAAGUCAGCUGUGUUGUUAUAUGAUCGAUAGAAACAGGAGGGAACGCGGAUUACAGUUUAGUAAACUACAAAUGUAAUAUAUCUCGCAUCGUAGAUUAAUUUCAAAUACAAACAUGCAAUGUAGUUUACAAAUCUUCCCAUAUAAAUAUUAGACCUUUAACAUUUGGAACUGCUUGACACGGUUUUUCCUACUAAUAAUACACUUUAUCAAUACAAAGCAAAUCAAUUAUAAGGUCUGAAACCUGGUUUCUUCUUGGUAUUUGAACCCAUGCAGCUCUUCCCAGCUAAUUAGUCAAUACCUCUCCUCCCGCAUUUAUUCUUCCCGUGCGCUUUCUUUUCUGUGUGCGUUAGUCUUGUUUCCGCGCAUUGUUUUUUUAAACGCUAAACGACAAGCGAGAAAUAAACAAAGUGUGACUACAUUUGGAUGUAUAUGGUAUGAAUAACAGGCUUUCAAAGGUUGGGAAAAUGACUAUAAAAUACACUGUAUUAAGGGAAGUCCGUCCCCUAACAACCUUCCAGUUGUGGUGAGGAUUAGAUGCCCCCACCCCGGUUAGGGGUUAGUGUGUGGGUCGGGAACUCAAAACAAAAACUGAAAGUGCAGCUGUAUGAUGUGCAUAAACAUCAUAGAAAAUAAGAAACUUUGCUGAAAUACUAGACUGGAGUGAAUCCAAUUUGUUGCGGUAUUGCAUUCAUUCACUUAAAUGAAACUGACAUAUGUCCAAAUGUGAAAAACUUUCCCAGUGUCUCUCUAAGAAAUUCUCAUUUUACUUGCAUUUAAGUUCAUCUCCUUAAUUGAAAUCACUUAGGUGGUCAUUUGGCGUUUUACUUUGGGAACUCUUUACAUUGGGUGAGUUAAAUAUUUUCUUCUUCUCACUUAUUUCGCCAUUCGUCUGAUCUAGAUUUUUUUACGCCGCAUGUUUUAUCAACUGACUCCAUGUAUGAAUUUAUUUCGCUUUAAACAAUUGCCAUCCAAAAUAGUGGAAAUCAAAUAAUUACGUGAAUUACGUAUUGUGACAUCACUUGCAAAGGCUGAAUUCGAUUGCUCCUAGGGUAGAAAAUCUGUCACCAGGCCGCCAUUGCAAUGGCGUUAAUAACAUAAAAUAACAUAAUACAUAUUUCUAGGCGAAACACCUUACCCAGGUAUGCCGGCAAUUGAAUUAUAUGAAUCAUUGGUGAAUGGGAAACGAAUGGAACCGCCUAUUAAUUGCCCUCACGAAAUGUAAGUAUAAUGCCAAAUCUUUUUGUAUAAAAAACAUUGAUUAGACAAUAGCAGCAUGAGCUCCACCUUUGAAUUUACUAUAUGAGUAAAUUCUUAAUUAAACACGUCCGAAUUUAUCAUUAUGAUAAAUUCGCGGCAAAUUUUGAAUUUAUCAUAAUAAUAAAUUCGCGGCACCUAACACUAACACUAACCCUAACCCCAACCAUAACCCCUAACCCUAACUUUUUAGUUUUUUAAAGCUUUUUUAAAAAUCUAACUUUUCAAACUUUUUUUGCUUUUUAAAACUCUUUUAAAACUUUUUUAAAAACUAUUUUUUUAAAAAAACUUGAAGAACUCGCAUAUUUGAACAUUGUAACCGUUUGAAACUAUUUGUAUAUAUACAAUACACGGAGUUGUAAAUAAUUUUAAUCGCUCUGAAGAUGUCAUGUUGUAAAAAAUACAAUGAAACGUUAGCUUAGUCAAUAAAUUAUAUACUUUUGUUAUGUCUUGUUUGAAAGUCAUUUGCUGGGUUUUUAUUUUCAUUUUUAAAUUAAGGUCUAUUACCUUCAAUAAAUUUUGUUUACAGUACCGAUGUAAUGUCAAAAUGUUGGAAAGAAGAUCCGGACGAUCGCCCAAAUUUUCACCGUUUGAAAGAAAUGCUGUACGAAAUGCUUUGCUGGGAAGCAAUGAGUCAG